UGAGUACCGUGUGCGGCGCGAGAUGCGGCACGCGUUCCGGCGAUGGGGCGUUGCGCACCUUCUCUCGUGGGGGCGGGGGGCGCGAUUCGCCCGCUCUUGCUCGUUGCGCCGCGGCUGGGGCCGUUUGCGCGGCGUCGUGCAGAGUCCCCGGCGCGCGGCACAAGAGCUUCGCGUCGUCGCCGACGCCCCGCAGCCGCACCCGCCGCAUGCACCUCCAUCGGCGUCGCACUCCGUGCCGCCCCCGCGUUUGCCAGCGUCGUCGACGUCGUCACCCUCUCCACUGCCGCCACCACUGGUGUUGGUGCAGUCUUUCCCUCCCAGGGAGGAUGGGCACCGUGUCGCCGCUGUUGCCGCCGCAGCUGGAGACUCCCCCAAGCCCUCCUCGAGCGCCGGUCCGAGCCUCUGCCGCCUCUGCGCGGGCCAGCCGUCGGCAGGGGAAGGCCCCCUGGCCGAGAGGGGAGCCCUGCUCCGCCUCAGCCAGCUGCUGAGCCGGCAGCGCGCGCUGGCGGCAGAGGCGCCGCCGGUGCCGGUGGCGGCAGAGGCGCCGCCGGUGCCGGUCGCGGUAGAGGCGCCGCCAGUGGCGGCAGAGGCGGCGGCGGCGCCGCCGCCGCCAGUCAUUGCGCGCCGCUUAUGGCGCGUGACGGACCCGACCUGCUGCGCCAGCGGGGCGCAGCUUCCUCGGCCAGCCCGCAGGAGGCCGCCGCGCAGAGAUUGCCGGGGCGACCUUUGGGCGCCGCGCAACCCGCUGCUCGAGCCGUGGCGUGCGGCUGCGCGCGCAUCUUGCGCGGGCGGCGGUGCCGCCGCUUCUGUCACGAGACUCACGGCGGCAAGUCGGUGGGGGCAGCCGCUCUGGCCAUACCACAGGCAAGUGCGGCAGCGGUGAUUCUGGUUGGUGUGUGAGGUGAUGCA